AUGCCCUCAGCUCGUAGAUCUGGUCGCCUGUCUGGCGUCCGAAAGACUUAUACAGUUGACCCCCUUGCUAGCGAGGAAUCGGAUUCAAACUCCACCGAGGAAACAAGCAAGAUGCCCCGGAAUAAGGGCAAGAAGCCUGUGCGCGGGGAUGAAGAUGACGAAUCCGACGACGAAUUCCAAGGAAAUGAACUGGAGGCGGAGGAGGAUGAUGGAGUCGAUGAUGCCUUUGAUGGCGAAGAUGCCCUGGCUGAAAAUGACGAGGAAGAAGAUGAGAUGGAUGAGCCUGUCUUCUCACAAGCAGCAGCAGGAGCAAGGGCGGCAGAUACAGAAGAGAAAAAGGGCCGUCGUCCACGCGGCCGCCAGAAGCAAACCAAGCUCGAUCAGACAAGGACAGUUAAGAACCGGCAAUCAGAUGGGACUAUUGCACUUACCGGGGAUGAAACCCAUUCGCGUGGGACGUGGAAUCCGCUUGAGCAUGUUGGGAAAUCCAUUCAUCUGCAGGUGACAUUUGGUCUUGAUGAAAGGGAUCUCCUCGCUAUUUUGUAUACGAGGGAACGGUGGGCUCGGGGUGCCGACUCUACAUUGCCGACUCGAGUGUCGCUGGAUGAAGCAGGUACUUUGCAAGAUUACAAGUAUGGAUCGACAUUUGGAGUUGAACCGGAGGAUUUGCAAAGGGAGAGAACGAGAGGGUGGGAUUGGUAUUAUGACGAUGGUACCGGGGCACGAUUUCGGAAACGCCAGCGGCUUGAGCAGAUCUCGGAGACUGAGGCUCGUCAGACCUAUUUGCCUGCACCGAAACCGGGAAAGCAUACUGUGCUAAUGGGACCUACUGACAAUCAACUGGAAUUCAAUAUGGGUCAGUAUGAUGCUCUCAAUUUUGGGGAUGCGUGGGGAGAGGUCAAAAGUCGGAAUAACGGUCAAACUGAAACAGACGGGGCGCGAUCCAAGAAGAAAAAGCGACAAGGCUGGAUACUUAAUAUCGGCCAGCGGAUUCAGUGCGCGGCAUGGGCGCCAAACCAGAGUGGCCUUGAUCAGUAUCUGGCAGUGGUUGCCCCGAUCUCGAAUGAACAGAAGCAAAAUUAUCUAGAUCCUUUGAAAGACUCCGCAGGCCCAGCAUUUCGGCCGUCGGCUCCUUGCCCCUGUGCUUUACAACUUUGGGCUUUCAAAGCUGACAAGUCCGGCGAAACCACGAAAUCCCUUGAUAUGAGCACCAAGCCUAGCUUACAGCUGAUUCUGGGCGCCGAAUGGGGUGACUUGAGGCGUAUAGCCUGGUGCUCAAUUCCGCGGGAGCCGCGGGAGGACGACGACAAAGGUGGUUUAAGGAGCGUAGGGCUUCUUGCCGGUGUUUGGGGUGACGGCUACGUCCGGGUUAUCGAUGUGAAAGUCAAUAGCGACUCCAACCAGACCGAGUUCUAUAAAGUUGGCGCCCCUGUAUUCGAGGCGAAACCACUAUCUACAAUAUGUACAUGUGUGGUAUGGCUGUCUCCCAGCGAUAUUGCUGUGGGCUGCGCCAACGGAUUUGUUGCUAUUUGGAGCAUCGCAUCGCCAUCCGUCCAACCUCAAACCGAGGCCAUGCACGCUGACCCUCUACCUUAUUUUUACCACCCUAUUCACUCUACCUAUGUACUCAACAUCUCAUCAGCCUAUCCUACUCACGCACAUCUCGUGGCCACCACAUCGAUGGAUGGAGAGACACGACUAUGGUCAGUUGCCGACCAUGAGAAGGAUGCGGUCGAGACAACCCGCAUGAGAGUGGGUUCGCCGCAUUUGACUUAUUCGCCAUGGCUACAAUCCUUCCUUUCCAGUGACGAAAACGAUUUCGUACGCAUGCUAACCCUACGACGUUUCUUCGCUACGCUGGCCGUUGCUCGGUUGCCGAGCACUCUCUCUGCCUUGGCGACAUGCAGCUCAUGGCAUCCGAGUGUGCUUUUCGGCUCUACUGGGGGGUCGGUUAUUGCGACAAAUCCAUUACGAAGGCUGCUGCAUUCCAAGGAAAAACAAUGGCAACAGACAUGGUUUUCGCAUACUUGGGUACGGGGAAACGAAUCGAGUAGUCCCGGGACGAGUCGGUUCUACGACGGGUAUCGUGCCGAGAGUAUUAGCUUAUUGCGCAACAUGACGGGAGAUCGCAAGAUGAUCAAUUCGACUAUGAUAGUUACCAUCUACGAGGAAGAAACGCACAUCACGGCACUGUCGUGGAACCCAAAUCAGUCAUGCGCGGGAUGGGCGGCCGCCGGGUUAGGAUGUGGACUGCUUCGGGUUGAAGAUCUCGCAUUGUAG